AUGGCAGUCUCACAGGAAGCUACUAAACGGCCCAAUGCAUCAGCAAUCACCGAGCAUAUCACCGAAAAAGGCUACGAUUCCCCCCACCUCGCAACAUCCGCCCAAGUCCAGCACAACCUCGAGCACCAACACCUCUGGACCUCUAUAAUGGGAUACGUCAUUCCUGGACGAGCAGACGACUCAAACUCAUUAAACAAAGACCCCCGGCAACCACCAAAAGAACCAAUUCCUCUGCUCUCCGGCUAUCCCCCACACCGCGUGUACACACAUCCAGACGAGCAGCUGUACAUGCUAGAAAACGGGAUCCGCGAAGACGACCUCGCACCAGAGCGCAUGUUUGUGGUUCCAACUACACAGGGUCAGCCGUGGACCUUGCGCCAUAUGGCUACUGUGUUUGACCAGCUUCCUGAGUUCAAGCAAAAGGUUGAAGAGCAGGAUCGAUCCGUCAAUCCUACAAGCGUGCAGCCGGGGGCGGAGGGUCUGGAUCCUGAAAAGGCAGAGAAAUUGGCUCAGUACUAUGAUAAGAAGGAGCGGACUCGUUUGACCGAGGAAUGGGGCGCGCAAAGGUUCUUGCUUGCUAUGGUAGAUAAGGGCAUGGGUGGGGACGGGACGGUGGCGUACUAUGUUGUGCAUGAAGGUGAGGUGAAGCCGAGGCAGAACUGA